AUGUCUACAAGGGUAAUCUCAUUUAAUGACCUUCGACAGGAAUUCAGAUUAAGUGUUAUAAGAUUACAAGCAGAUGCCAAGAGCGAGUUUGAACGAAAGGCGGAAAAAAUUCAGGAAGAAGUAUCGGAAAUGAACGAAGAUGAGAUAGAAGACUAUGUUCGUGGUAAAUUUCAAAAGCUUAAUUCUCUAUUUCUUGAGAGAUCCAUUGAUUUGGAGGAAUACGUAAUCGGAAAGAAACCCCAAAAGCCGGUUAAAAAUCCCGAUGAAACUAACGAAGAAUAUCAGGAAAGGAAUAAAGCAUACGAAGAUGACCUUAAGUCGUAUAAAACAUUUACUACUUGGAGCAUGAAUAUUAUCGAACGACUUACGGAUUGGUUAUCUGAACUCUUCGAUGAAAUCAUGAAUUUCUUUAAAAAUCUCUGGAUAUUGAUUAAAUGCAAGUUUCAAGAUAUUUAUACAAGUGUCCGAAACUUUGUGGAAAGAAUUGCGGAAAAAUUUAGUCAAUUGCAUAAAUAUCUUUUCAGAUAA